AUGAAGCUCGUGUCCAAGGUUGCGCUCUUCCUCCUCGCUGCAGCCAUGACCGUUAUGGCCGACGAUCACGCCCAAUGCGUCUCGUCGUGCCAGAGCCACACAGGGCGCUCGCUCGAGACCACCUGCGUGGGCUACCGCGACCGCCUGCCGCGCCCGGCGCUCUACAACAACUGCGUCGAGGCCUAUCGCACGGGCUCGCGCGAGGCGUGUUCAGCGUACUGCAACCAGGACCCGAACGCCGAGUCGCACCUCACGUCGACGGAAGCGCUGACGUGCGAUAAGUACCGCGCGGUCCGCCCCAAGGACAGCCAAGGCAUCUGCCUGACGUCGUUCCGUGCGGCCAUCAACGCGGCCAAAGUCUUUGUCGCCUCGAGCGACGCCUUGUCAGGCUCGGGCUCGAGCUCGCAGCAAGCGUCCGCGCCGGCGCCAUCGCCCAAGGUCGAAAAGAAGCCGGAGCUCAAGAUCAAGGACGUCAAGGUCGAAGGCAAGCCCAAGAGUGUCUUGGAGGCAGCGCGCGAAGAGGCCCUCGCCGCGGCGCAGGCGAGCCGCGACUUGUAA